CUCUCUUCAAUAUAACAACACCCAUAAGCAAAUAAUAAUAAUAAACGUUAGUCCACUCACCCCAUGUUAUAACCUCCGCCACCACCGGAAACCACCGCCAAAUCAUGGCUUUCACACCUCACAGCCCAUUUCUCUCUAUCCUUAUUCUCCUCUCAGUCGUAUCCCUCACAUCUGCAAGAGUAAAUCUCGACAAUAUAGACCUCAAUGCCUUCUCAGUUAUCCACAGAGACUUGGGAAUCAACAGUCAACGCAUCCCUUCUGCAACACCUUGUGACAACUCUGCCGUGUUCUGUGAGAGGAGACUCUCUAAGAAUAACACCUAUAUUCUCAAAAUCACUAGACUAAUCUUUAAAUCCCAACGUCUUGAUGGGUUCUUGUCUCCGGCUAUUGGCCGGUUAUCAGAACUCAAAGAACUUUCUGUUCCAAACAACCAACUCGUUGACCAACUCCCCUCUCAGAUUGUUGACUGCAAGAAACUCGAAAUUCUUGACCUUGGAAACAACGAGUUUUCAGGCCAAAUUCCUUCUGAAUUAUCGAAACUUUUACGUCUUCGUGUUCUUGAUCUUUCUAACAACAAGUUCUUCGGGAAUUUGAGUUUCUUGAAGCAAUUCCCCAAUCUUGAGCAUCUCAACCUUGCAAACAAUCUCUUUUCGGGGACAGUUCCAAAAUCUAUACGUUCAUUUCGUAAUCUUCAGUUCUUUGACUUCUCCGGCAAUGGUUUUCUUGAAGGACGUAUGCCUCUGAUGAGCAAAGCUGAAGCUUCAGGAUCUCAAUACCCAAAACGUUAUGUUUUGGCUGAGAGUAGCAACAAAAGCACAACUGCGAUAAACAAAAACGUUACUUCUGUAGAAGGACCAACUUCUGCUCAAGCUCCCUCUCCUUCCACAGGAAAUGCUCCUCACAAGAAAAAAAGUGGCAAAAGGAAGCUAAGUGGAUGGAUCCUUGGAUUUCUUGCUGGUGCAGUAGCUGGAAGUAUGUCUGGAUUUGUAUUCUCAGUGAUGUUCAAGUUAAUAUUGGCAACGAUAAGAGGUGGAGGAAAAGACUCAGGGCCAGCAAUCUUCAGCCCACAUCUUAUUAAGAAAGCAGAGAAUUUGGCUUUCUUGGAGAAAGAAGAUGGUCUUUCUAACUUGGAAUUGAUUGGAAGAGGUGGAUGCGGAGAAGUGUAUAAAGCUGAGUUGCCUGGAAGUAACGGGAAGAUGAUUGCAAUAAAAAAGAUUGUUCAGCCUCCAAGAGAUGCUGCAGAACUAACUGAAGAAGAUACUAAGCUUUUGAACAAGAAAAUGAGGCAAAUUCGAUCAGAGAUCAAUACUGUUGGUCAAAUUCGACACAGGAAUCUUCUUCCCCUCCUAGCUCAUGUGUCCAGGCCUGACUGCCAUUGCCUUGUUUAUGAAUUCAUGAAGAACGGGAGUUUGCAAGAUAUAUUGUCUGAUGUUGAACAGGGUAAAAGAGAAUUGGAUUGGCUUGCUAGGCAUAGGAUUGCUAUAGGAGUAGCAUCGGGGCUUGAAUAUCUUCACACGAGUCAUAGUCCACGCAUCAUUCAUAGGGAUUUGAAGCCAGCAAAUGUCCUUCUUGAUGAUGACAUGGAAGCUAGAAUUGCGGAUUUUGGACUAGCAAAGGCAAUGCCAGAUGCUAAUACGCAUGUUACAACUUCCAAUGUUGCUGGAACUGUUGGAUACAUAGCACCAGAAUAUCAUCAAACACUUAAAUUCACGGACAAGUGUGACAUAUACAGCUUUGGGGUGCUACUUGGAGUUCUGGUAAUGGGAAAGCUUCCAUCCGAUGAGUUCUUCCAGACCACUCGCGAAAUGAGUCUAGUCAAGUGGAUGAGGAACAUCAUGACCUCUGAAAAUCCAAGCCAAGCAAUCGAUCCAAAGAUGAACGGAAAUGGGUUCGAGGAGCAAAUGUUGCUGGUCCUGAAAAUCGCUUGCUUUUGUACUUUGGAUGACCCAAGACAAAGGCCUAACAGUAAGGAUAUCAGGUGUAUGUUGUCUCAAAUCAAACAUUAGUUAAGUUUGCAAGUUUGAUAGCAUUUAAGAAUAAUGAAGCAAGCAAAGAACGCUUUGUUUCUAAAGUUGGUAUUUUCUGUAAUUAGUAUUCACUAUUAGGCCUGCAUAGCAACUGCAAAGCGUUGUAACAAUAUGUCAUUUUGCAGUAUAGCAAUUUUUGUAUUUGUGCAAAUGCAGAACUUGAAUGUGUCUGUUCUUUAUGGAAUUAGAAUUCAUAUAGAAAGAAAAAGCAAGUACUCAGAUUUUAAUA